GGCCGCCAGUCGAGUCUGGAGCUGGACGGAGCCGCCAUGGACGUCUCGCUGCGCUGGAGCGGUGCGCACCGACUCUCUGCAGCCACAGUCCUCUGCUCGGCGGGCGGGGACGGACGGCUGUCUGCCGGACAGCUGACCGGCUGUCUGCGCUCCACCGUCGGCUGUCUGCGCAGCAAGGCCGGACAGGGCGCUGUCUGCCACUUCCGGGUGUUCCACUGCGUGGAGGACGGCGCGGCGGUGGCGGAGGCGUCGCUCUCGGUCCGCGGGCCGCUCUGCGUCGUGACGCCCGUGCCCGUGACGGCAGUGGGUGACGGCGUGACGCGCCGCGUGGCCGUCACGGCGCUGGCCAUGGACGCCGCUCGGGAGAAGCGCGACUGACGACGGCCGGCGCCGAGCGGGUGGGAGUUCGGUGGGAUCGCGAACUGAUGAGACCGCAUAAUGCGGCGAACCAGAGCGCAUAUGCUGUGUUUGAGGCGCCGGGAAUUGGCCGAUGUAAGGCUGGUUGUCGAGACCAAUGAAUUUGGUUGAGACCAAUGAAUAUGGUCGGUGAUUUAUUAGCUGUCGACUGCGUUUCUGAACGUGCCCAGAUGUCUCUAGUGCGUGUUUGGAGUUGAGCUGUUACGGAAUUGGUCGUGUGAAAUGUUGGUAUUUUUAUACCUCUUUAUUGCGUAGAUGCUUGUGUGCGAUGGACGUCACCUUAUCAAUCGAAGAUCAGGGAAUAAAACAGAGUUUGGACAAUCAA